AUGAAUCCCCACAAUAAGGCUCAACCUCAACCACCUCCACCUCCUUCCUCUUUUCUUGGUUAUUCUCAACAACAACAACCACUUGGUAAAUCACCAUUUCCUUUCAAUCUCGGGAUUCAACCAACGAACAUUCCAACUCCUGCUUCUCCUCUUUCAACAUCAACAGCCUUUCAUAACAAUGGUAAUAUUGCAAUAACAACCAUACCAUCUCUCCCACUCUCUCCAAUUCUCCAAACCAAUGUACCAUACACUACAUCAUCCAACUCUACAAAUUCUGCAACGUUUCUUGUGUUUGGAAGGAAACUUGAUGUUUCCGAGUUACUUUCCAAUACGAGUAGUAAUAACAACAAACAACCACAGCAAGCACCACUCUAUUCCAUGAUGAGAGGAUGGUAUUUGUCCAAUUUUGAAAAGAAACCCAGCUCAAACACUCUGCCAACAGUAUCCUCUUCAUCCUCAUUGGAAUCAUCUUCGUAUGUGAUCAUUAGAAAGCCUCCAGCCUCAAAUCAAAGAUUUCCUCUUCAUUAUAAAAGUGGUACAGAAUUGGUGAAUCGUAGAGGUCGAUUCAAAGAUAAAAAGAAUUUAAUUCAAGAAUUAAAAGAUUGGUGUAAGAAAUGUAAGGAAAUUAGAAGAGAGGAGCGAAGAGUGCGAGAGCAACAGGAAGAAUUUCUUUGCAAAGAGGUUGUGUUGUAG